AUGUCGUCCAUGAAAAGGAAGUUCUACGAGAGGGUCAGUCAGGCCUGCGACAUGUGUCGCAGGAAGAAGAUGAAGUGUAAUCAAAAGCUCCCGUGCCAAACAUGCAAAGAUCGUGGCUUUCAUUGUGUAUAUUCAGAGAGGAAGUCACGACGAACCAAUUCGUCUCGACCGCUUGGGGAUGCCUGUCGGUUGGACGAGCCGCCCCCAGCCGACAUCCGCUCCCAUGAUCGGUCCGAAGGAGCGAGACCGAGUGAGAUCGCCUCUGAUGCAGUACAGACAAGCGCGAGGAUAACACCCAGUAACAUACGGGAAGUAAACCAAGAAGGGGUGGAAGGGAAGAAUACGCACACGACCGGAACCGAGUUCUAUGGCAACAGCUCUAACUUUGCCCUGCUGAGCCAGCUCUUUGCUACGGCCAGAAAGCUCUCUGGAGAUUACGUAGAUAUGCCGAGGAAUGCAGUUCAAACCCCAUUAUCAGUUGUGGAUAUGCUCUACGACGAUCAGUCCACCAUCCCUGAUUCAGCUCCACCGGCCCCGGUCACAGCGGCGGGAAGGACGUCUCAACUUCCUAAGGCCCCCGAGGCCGUGUCUAUCGGAAAGGAAUCGCCGCCGGUCACGAAAUCGACGGGUACCGGUCGAGAUGUCACGGUGGGACUGGGACAAUCGGGCGUUUGGGAUUGCUUCAUUGGCAGUCCGAUGAGGCUAGAGAUGGAGUACGUCAAUCUCUUCUUCGAUAAUAUCCAUAACUCGCUGCCAUUCUUGGAAAGGAAGUCCUUCAUUCAACGAUGUGAGCAGGACGUCUGGGUGCAGAGCACAGUCAAGCAGCUGCGGCGAGAUCAAAUGCACCUCUUUGCUCUUUACAAUGCAGUGCUAGCAGUAGUGGCGCUAACUGCCAGUCCUGAUGCCUUUCUUUCGCUACGGACUGAGCUUGAAGUUAGUCUGACUGAACGCUCAGCAACUAGACCCCCAAGAGACAUCCCUUCCUCUAUCUUCCUUUCCAAAAUCUACUUUCGCAGAGCGCGUCAGCUGCUAGGAGACGUUUUUGAGGUCUGUUCCAUUGAAAGCGCCCAGGCCCUUCUAUUACUAUCCAUAUAUUGUCAACAUGCGCCCAAGCCACAUGCCUGCUAUAUGUACAGUGGUAUGGCUGUGCGAACUGCACUUGCGAUCGGCAUUUCUCGCGAUGAUCGAUCCCAUUCUGAUUAUCACAAUUUGGCCAGGGCCCGAACCUGGUGGGCUAUUUACUACCAGGAUGUCGAAGCAUCCUGUCUAUCUAGAAGAUCCAGUACAUUGGCAGGGCCAAAUGAAUACGGGCUGUCCUACAACCGCAUGUCAGGAGAGCUCGCUUCAUCCACCUCUCAAAAUCAUCCAGGCGGGGAUGGAAGUGAAGGCGCGCUUGUGACUGUCUUAGCUGACCUCUCGGCGAUAUUACAAUGCGCAUCCAAGCGUUUAUACCAUUCCUCGAGCGCACUCUCACCGGAGCGGAUGUCACAGUUGGCAACCACAUUGGACCAGGAUUUGCUUUGUUGGAAGCUCCAUUUGCCAAAGCAUCUUGAUCUUGAUCUUGACACCUUCACCGAGAAUGAGUGGGUGAGCAAACAAAAGUUGAUCUUGCAACUACGUUUUCAUCACGCACAGAUGUUCAUUCACCGACCCUAUCUGUCCAUAGCAAGCAGCGAUAUCCAAGUCGACCACAGGCACAUCUGCCUGGAGGCCGCUCAGAAGACAAUCACUCUAGCGUAUGAUGCCUAUCAGCAUCGCCAUUACUUCCGAACAUGGUGGUACAACACCUUCUAUGUUCUCUAUGCCAGUCUGAUUAUUCUCCAUACCAUUCUUCUGGGAUACUCACAACCCUCAGUCGAGACACGUAUUCAAGACGUGCAAAAGGCCGUGAAAAUCCUGGAGUCCAUGAAAACACUGAAAGUAGCCCAACGAUGCGCCGACGUGAUAACUGAAAUCCUCCACGUCUGCAAAUUCUCUCUCGAGCGGGCUACGAGAGAGCAUGAGGCGCCGAAUAUCCCCAUAGGCUGGGCUACAGGAACUCAUCAUUCCCGUGUCCCAAUCUCUGAGGGCAGCUUGCGACGUGAGGCUCUAUCUCAAAUGCCGAACCCUGAUCAGGAAGUCAUGCAUCUUGACUCAGCAUGUACUAACGUUUUCUCAACACACGAUGAUCUUCUCACAUUUCUGGGAGAUCCAGCACCAUUGGAAUGUUUUGCACUCGGCGUGGGGAGUUGUAGCCCCAUGGACUUUGACUAUUCGGCUGUUUCUAUGUAA